UUUGUUCAUCUCUAAUUUCGGAGAUUUUGUUUAUGUUUUAAUUUGCUGCGUUAAAUUGUAAACAAAAUAACUCGCCAAGAUGUCGUACAUGCUUCCACAUUUGCACAAUGGCUGGCAGGUGGACCAGGCCAUUCUCUCCGAGGAAGAUCGCGUGGUGGUUAUACGAUUUGGCCACGAUUGGGACCCCGCCUGCAUGAAAAUGGACGAGGUGAUGUACAGCAUUGCCGAAAAGGUCAAGAAUUUCGCUGUCAUAUAUCUAGUGGAUAUUACGGAGGUCCCAGACUUCAAUAAAAUGUACGAGUUGUACGAUCCCUGCACGGUGAUGUUCUUCUUCCGGAAUAAGCACAUUAUGAUUGAUUUGGGCACGGGAAACAACAACAAGAUCAACUGGCCACUGGAGGACAAGCAGGAGAUGAUCGACAUUGUGGAAACAGUCUACCGAGGAGCUCGAAAAGGUCGUGGUUUGGUGGUAUCCCCCAAGGAUUACUCGACCAAGUACAGAUACUAAAAUGGACAAUUUAGUUUAAUGUAUUUCUUUGUGGUAACAAGGACUACUCAACCAAAUACAGCUUAACUAAUUAACUUUGUUUAAUGUAAGCCCCUCUUUUAGGCCCAACAAAUUUAUAAUCCCAAAUAGAAGCCACUCUUGUCUCUUGGCAA